UGGUCGGGAGUUCAUUAGGACGCGCGCGGUGUCUCGGCCCUCGCGCUGUUUUGUGAGGCGCGAGUCGGGCCGGCUAAACGUCCGAUUCUGAGGACAGGCAAGAGCCGCGCCGCUAUUCCCGCCGCCGCGAUGACGUUCAAGCGGGGCCGAGAGCGUUUCUAUAGCACCCGCUGCUGCGGUUGCUGUCACGUCCGCACCGGUACUAUCAUCCUGGGGACCUGGUGUAUGGUGGUGAAUCUCCUGAUGGGCAUUUUGCUGACAGUUGAAGUGACUCACCCUAAUACUGUGCCAACAGUAGAUAUCCAAUAUGAAGCCAUUGGGAACUUCUAUCCUUCUGACAGGGUGGCUGAAAAUGCGUGUGUUCUCUUUGCCAUCUCGCUCCUCAUGUUCACAGUCAGUGCCAUGAUGGUGUAUGGAGCAAUUGCUCAUCGAGUUGGCUGGCUGAUUCCAUUCUUCUGUUUCCAGCUUUUUGACUUCGUUCUCAGCUGUCUGAUGGCUAUAAGUUCUCUGACAUACUUGCCAAGAAUAAAAGAUUACCUGGAUCAAUUACCGCAGUUCCCAUACAAAGAUGACCUCCUUUCCUUUGAUUCAAGCUGUCUUCUUUUCAGUGUUCUGGUGGCAUUUGUCUUGGUCAUCAUCUUAAAGGCCUAUCUUAUUAACUGUGUGUGGAACUGCUAUAAAUACAUUUGCAACAGAAACUUGCCUGAAAUAGCAGUAUACCCUGCAUUUGAAGCACCUCCACAGUAUGUCCUCCCAACCUAUGAAAUGGCAGUGAAGAUGCCAGAGAAGGAACCUCCACCUCCUUACAUACCAGCCUGAAGCAACGCAACGUGUGGUCAAACACCUGUUCCAGCUUCGUUUUUUAUACUGCUUAAGUAUUCAAGGCUUUAGGAGCAACAUUAUAUGGUUGAGAGGCAUUUGAUAUAACCUUACUAAACAAAAUCCAUAUGGGAAUGAUUCCCCCAUCCCUUCUCGGUAGCUUUCAUUUUAAUUUUAUUGAUCACCUUAAUCCUUUUAAGCAAUUAUUGCCUUAAUUUCGCAAGCACUUGUGUUUGCGUUUGUAACUUCAUUCACAUGUAUUAGUUGUUUCAUUUAAUUUGGAUAAGGAAACGUUAGUCUGGGAGAUACGUGUUCACAAGAUCAGGCAUUUCACACAUACAGAAGGACAAUCUGAUCAGAUGGCAAGAUGACAGGGAAUUUUGUUUUAUUUUCUUUUGCUUUUUUAGUGGGGUGGGGGUGGGGAAGAAGUGCAAAUGGGGUAUAUAAUAUGUAUUUACUUAGCACUCUCUCCUUUAUCUUAUCUUUUACUGUGUUAUCCUAUGCCUUGAAACAAUAUUUCCAGGAAGCCUGAAGUUGGCACGGAAGUUUGAAGAUUUUACUAUAUGCUGUGAAUGCAGGAAAAGUGCACACAGAAAAUACAUUUGUGUCAGUUGCAUGCUUCUAAUUUGUAUGAAUUUUCAUCUUUGUUUAUAAAUGACUCUUUAAUAAAUCUUGUUUAAAAAAACA